ACAAUAAUUGCCGGCGCUAGUAAGAUGCGUCUUGCGGUAACUUUGCUCCUUGUUGUGGGCGUCGGGCAUGUUUUUGUUUUCGCCUCUCUGUGCCCACCAGAAUGGCAGCGCUUUGGUGACUCCUGCUACGUCAUGAUGACGCAACGGAUGAGCUGGCACGAAGCAGACCAGUCUUGCAGGGAAAUGGACGCUAGUCUAGCCGUUCCCAACUCUGCACCUGAACAAAAAUUCAUGUGGGAGUUGUUCCUGCAAACUUUCGAUAACAAUCCAGAGGUAAGUCUCUGGAUCGGUUGCAAUGACAUCGCAGAGGAGGGCACAUGGAAGCAGUGUCCGUUAAAAGGAGGAAACCACAGUCUGUACGAGAACUGGAAAGCCGGCCAACCGGAUAACGUCGCAGGUGGAGAUUGCGGGGUGCUCGGUCUCCGCUUGAACGGACAGUGGGACGAUCAAGAUUGCGGGCUACGUAGACACGUAGCAUGCGAGUACCACAUCCCUCGCAGUAACGGUCCAGCGACGUUCUGUUUGACGACUGAAGCAGAGGGCAGCAUGUCUCCGAAAUGUCUGGUGGGCCACAUUUUGAGGAAGCUCCCCAUCUGGGGUGUCGUGUCGUGCGGUAAGGCUUGCCGUUCCAGGCCCCGAUGCCGCUCUUUCAACGUCCUGAAGAACAGCAGAGGCGAUUGGGAAUGUCAGCUUAACAGCGCAACCCGGCUUGAAGCAGGGGAAGAGAACAUGGAGGAAAUCAACAACUGCUACUUUUUCGAUCUGUAGAAUUUGGUUUACAGAUACAUUUUGUGUAUUUAGAUCUGGCUAUCUUUUGUUUGACAGAACUCACAGGCUACCCUACAAAUUAGUGCUUCUUCAUGAUACAUGCAUAAUUCCAUCACUAGGAUUUCCAGAUCAUUAAAACAUUGUCACCGAACAAUUCUGCAAAGUGGACCUACUUAAAAAAAAUAAUCUGAAGAAGUUUUUAGAUGUUAAGAGUUUGAAUAAUGUAAUUUACGGUUUGACAUUGUCUAGCAGAGGAGAUUGAAAAUAAAUUCCAAUAAAUUAUUGAGAAUUGUA